AUGCUGGCGGGAGCGGCGGUGCUGCCGUGUGUGUGUGCGACACUGUGUGUGUGGCGCCUGUGCUGGGACACCCGUGGUUGCACGGCCUGUUGCCCGUACCACCUGCGCCGGCUGCGCGCACUCGCGCUGUGGCCCACCUGCCAGGCGAGCGCGCGCGACUGUGCGGCAUGUGCGAGCGUCAACCGCCAGGCCGCCGCCACACGAAGCACAGCGCAGCACAAGGUGCACAGAGACAGUGGCAAGCCGCAACGGCACAGACACUGCGUGGACACAGCACAGACGCGGUCGGGGUGCGGCGCCCGGUGCCUCUGUGCCACGCCGCAGGCGCGCGGCGUCUCGGCCCCUGUAUGGACGUUGCUGAUCGCCGCAAGGAUCUCUGUCGCCGCACCACUGGGCCGCCGCCCUCCUUGUCGGCUCGCUGCCCCGCCCAGGGGCCACCACCCUUGCUCCGCCCUUGUGUCGCCCGCGCUCAGCCCCCUACAGGCGCCAGUGCUCCCUCUGUGGCACAAGGCUUGUGCUGGUGCGUCGUUGCAUCCGCGUUGUCCCGUGCGGCUUGUGCUCGUCUGGCAGGAUCCGUGCUUGCCGCUCCGGACCUGA